CCCCCUUUCUCUGCUCCCGUCCUUCCCGGACGAACAGUGAACACUCACACCGCGGACCCGCUCACAGGCGCAGAUGUCAUGUGAGAGCGCACAUGCUCUGCCUGCCACGCCGCCUUUCUUCCUUUUCUUCCCGUUCCCCUGUUCCCUCCUGGCUCCUGCUUCUCCCUCUUCUUUGUAACUAACAAAACCACCAACAACUCCUCCUCCCGCGGCUGCCCUUCCUCCUCCUCCUCCUCCUCAGUCCAAGUGAUCACAAAAGAAAUCUUCGGAGCCGGAGGCGGUGGCAUUUUUUUUCCUUUUUUUUUUUUUUAAAGCAAGCACAUUGGAGAGAAAGGAAAAGAAAAAAAGAAAAAAAAGAAAAAGCAAAACAAAUUCCCGGCACCAGCCAGGCAGCUCAGUUCCCACCUUCCUGAAAACAAACAAACAUUAGAGCAGUCGCGACCACCGGCCACCAGAACUACCCCAGAGCGGCGGCGGCGUCCCCCGAGGCACGGCGCCCGCCUAAGGGAUGGUCUCCGCGGCGGAGCAGCGCUUCGCCCACCUCCUCCUCCGCCGGUGCUGAGCGGGACCGGGGCUCGGGUUCGGGCAGCUUCAUGAGCACGCGGCGCCCGGGAGCGGCCACACCAUGCGAGCACAAAUCGAAGUGAUACCAUGCAAAAUUUGUGGCGAUAAGUCCUCCGGGAUCCACUACGGAGUCAUCACUUGUGAAGGCUGCAAGGGGUUCUUUAGAAGGAGCCAGCAGAACAAUGCCUCUUAUUCCUGCCCACGGCAGAGAAACUGUUUAAUUGACAGAACCAACAGAAACCGUUGCCAACACUGCCGACUGCAGAAGUGUCUUGCCCUAGGAAUGUCCAGAGAUGCUGUGAAGUUUGGGAGGAUGUCCAAGAAGCAGAGGGACAGUCUGUACGCUGAGGUGCAGAAGCAUCAGCAGCGGCUGCAGGAGCAGCGGCAGCAGCAGAGCGGGGAGGCAGAAGCCCUUGCCAGGGUGUACGGCAGCAGCAUCACCAACGGCCUCAGCAACCUGAACAAUGAGGCCGGUGGCACCUACGCCAAUGGACACGUCAUCGAUCUGCCCAAGUCAGAGGGUUAUUACAGCGUGGAUUCAGGCCAGCCAUCUCCUGAUCAGUCCGGACUCGACAUGACUGGAAUCAAACAGAUAAAGCAAGAACCUAUCUAUGACCUCACCUCUGUCCCCAACUUGUUUACCUAUAGCUCUUUCAACAAUGGGCAGCUAGCACCAGGCAUCACCAUGACUGAGAUCGAUCGAAUUGCACAGAACAUCAUUAAGUCCCACCUGGAGACAUGUCAGUACACCAUGGAGGAACUGCACCAGCUGGCGUGGCAGACCCACACCUAUGAAGAGAUUAAAGCAUAUCAAAGCAAGUCCAGGGAAGCGCUGUGGCAGCAAUGUGCCAUUCAGAUCACGCACGCCAUCCAGUAUGUGGUCGAGUUUGCAAAGCGGAUAACAGGCUUCAUGGAGCUCUGUCAGAAUGACCAGAUUCUACUUCUGAAGUCAGGUUGCUUGGAAGUGGUUUUAGUGAGAAUGUGCCGUGCCUUCAACCCAUUAAACAACACUGUUCUGUUUGAAGGAAAAUAUGGAGGAAUGCAAAUGUUCAAAUCUUUAGGAUCUGAUGACCUAGUAAAUGAGGCUUUUGACUUUGCAAAGAAUUUGUGUUCCUUGCAAUUGACCGAGGAGGAGAUUGCUUUGUUCUCAUCUGCUGUUCUGAUAUCUCCAGACCGAGCCUGGCUGAUUGAACCAAGGAAGGUCCAGAAGCUUCAGGAAAAAAUUUAUUUUGCACUUCAACAUGUGAUUCAGAAGAAUCAUCUGGAUGAUGAGACCUUGGCAAAGUUAAUAGCCAAGAUACCAACCAUAACAGCAGUUUGCAACUUGCACGGGGAGAAGCUGCAGGUAUUUAAGCAGUCCCAUCCAGACAUAGUGAACACACUCUUUCCUCCGUUAUACAAGGAGCUCUUUAAUCCUGACUGUGCCACCGUCUGCAAAUGAAGGCGACAGGAGAACUGUCUCUUCAUCCUGGAAUGCAUCACCGUUAAGACAAAAGCAAUGUGUUCAUGAAGACUAAAGAAAAAUGUCACUACUGCAACAUUAGGAAUGUCCUGCACUUAAUAGAAUUAUUUUUCACCGCUACAGUUUGAAGAAUGUAAAUAUGCACCUGAGUGGGGCUCUUUUAUUUGUUUGUUUGUUUGUUUGUUUUUGAAAUGACCAUAAAUAUACAAAUAUAGGACACUGGGUGUUAUCUUUUUUUUAAUUCGGGUAUGUUUUGGGAGACAACUGUUUAUAGAAUUUUAUUGUAGAUAUAUAUGAAAACAGAGCGGUACUUUACCUGAUUACUUUUCCUGUUGAUUGUUUCAAUAUAAUUUAAGAAAAAUUCACUUAAUAGGCUUACCUAUUUCUAUGUUUUUAGAUAGUUGAUGCAUGUGUAAAUUUGUAGCUGUCUUGGAAAGCACUGGACAUGUAUGUUAUAAAUAUAUAAUAUCUGAGAAUAUUAUAUAUACUACUUAUACAUGCACAUGCAUUGUGGCCUAAGUAUCAUACCUACUAGCAAAGGAGAUUCAGUCGGGCUCUUUUCCUUCUGUGUUAUAUGUCACCUUUAUGUUAGACAAUCAGGAUUUUGGUUUUCCAGCCAGAGUUUUCAUCUGUUGUUGAUGGCAAAAUGACAUAGAUUCAGAGAUAAGUCUACAAAGGAAUAAGUAUAGUGCAUGGCUUCUGUAUUUAAACUCUGAUUCUCUCAAUGACAUCAAAGCCUUGUCAAGAUGGUAUGUACUAGAGAAAAAAAUCUUAAAUAUUUGUAGCCAUUUUCCUGUUUUAAAAAUUAGAUCAGGUCGAAAAGAUAGCUCAAUAGACUGGAGCACGAAUUUUGUAUGCAGGAGGCCCAGAUUCGGUCCCCAGUAUCACAUGGUUCCCUGAGUACACCCUGGAGCAAAACCCAAACACCAAGCCAGGAGUGACACCUGAGCACUGUCAAGUAUCGCCCAAACAUAAAAAAUUUUAAAUAUAUAUUUUUAAAGAAUUAGAUCACAGAGAACAUUAUGGAUCCCAGGACUCUUUUGAUUAAUAGUAGGUAAUAUUCAUUUACCGCCAACAAGCAUUAAAAUUUUUCUUUGAAUUUUUGUUUAUGGCAGAAACUUGAUUUGAGUGCUUACUGUGUCUUCAACAGAGAAAUACAACCUGUACCUUAAGACCACCAGCAAUUUUCUAAUAAAAUUAGAGUGAAGGAGUAAACAAAAGUCCAGGGCUACUUUUGAUGUAAAUAUUUUCUCUCUAACUUCAGUUUUCGUUAAGAAAAAUUUGGAAGAGAAUAUGCUGAGUAAAAACGUAGUUCUUCAUAUUUCUCCUGUUGACUAAAUCUGUUAGAAAAAGCAUCAGUCAAAGGGGAGGCAGGGCCAUAGUUUUCUUUCUAAUCUGUAGCCUCUUAGUUUCUAGACUCAAAUGAUGUAUUAGAAACAUACAAUCAAAACUUGAUAGACUGGGGGGUAAAGCUGAACUAUUCGAUAGAACUAUUGCACACCAAAGCCCAAAGUAUUUGCUAAUGUGUCUUAGAGUUGUAUGAUUCGUCUAGCCUGGAAUUAUUUCAUUGAGCAACUUUGGAAAGCGCAGGAUGAAAGAGGAGUGUCAGGACUGGAGAAUUUAGACUUUCUAGUACAAGGUCUCUCUUCUUUACGUGCUCUCCCAGCAGAACCCAUAAUUAGGAAGCAUAAAUUCCAAGGAGAUCCUUCUACCUACAUUAUGCCCUGCAUCUGAUCAGAUCCAAAGCAUUUGAUUCACUCUUCCUUCUGAAAGUUUUUUAAGGGAGGGUUUAGAAAUAUAUAAGAAAAUGAAAAUCAGAAAUAUAUAAGAAAAUGAAAGUCAGGAAUAUAUAAGAAAAUGAAAAUCAGGAUCUCCUAUAAGUAUGAUACAGCCACCAACUCCUGAAGACCUUCCCUUUUUUCCUUUCCAAGCACAUAUGCAUAGAUGUAUACUGGCCUUUUAAAGUUUCUGUCAGUGAAGACUUAGAUAUUCUUAAUCUCUUAUGCCCUGCUGAAGUUAUGUCGUUGGGAGCUAUCUCUACAGUGCCACGAAAUUCCUCACUGAUAAUCAAGCAAUUGGAUUAGUCUUUUCUUUUAGAAAAUAGUCUUUUCCCACCUCAUGAUUGAUGAAUUCCAAACCAAUGGGGAAAAACAAAAAGGCUUUAAAAUAAUGAAUCUCGUUCUCAGCUACUGUUAUAUUCAAUUAAUUUAACUACAUUGAGCCAAAUUACCUUCAGUGUCUGAGAAGACAGCUGUAGACUGCUUAUUAUGCUGCUACAGGGACUCCAUUCUUUUUGGUGUAAAUGUCACUCCUGCUAGCUCUUUGUAUAAAGAAUUAAUUCCAAGAGUCAUAUUUCCUUCUAAUGGAAAGAUUACUUUACUGAUUGCUAGGAAAACAGGGUAAUGGAAGGCACUCAAUGAAACCAAGCCGUUUCCAAAUGCAAUGUAUGUUUUAUGAUUGGCUUGUGAUAGGCGAUGCUUCAUGUGUCUGGUUGGUGUUUUCCUUUGAGCUUUGAACUUAUGUCAAACUUUGUUUUCAUUGUUCUGUUGGCCUGGUGUUUUAGAUUGUCAGCCUAUAAUUCCUGCUCAGUUGCAAAGGGAAUCAUUUAUUUCCUCCAAUUUACCUUAGAGAAUUUAAAUUGACUCAAUUGAUGAAGUGACUGAGAACUUUUUCCUUCCUUGUCCCCUGGGUGAUGUAGGAAAAAAGAUUGUUCCCCACAUUUGCCUCAGGAGGUAUGGGAUUUGAAUUUGUGUUGUUUCCACUAAUGUAUUGGGAUGACAUAAGCCUUUUGAAGCUAGGGGAAACAGCUACUGAUUGAAUCAGAACAAAGUAGUAGAAACCAGUAGACACUCUGCCUACUUCAGUUAAGAAGAGAUUUCUAUUUGGGGCCACAGUUGACAAAUUUGUCCCUAAAGAGUCAACUCUUAUUGUCUCCAGUAACAAAACUUCUCUAAGAGAUGCCCGUUGAUUCAUCAGAGUAUUUUGAAAGUUUGAUAAUAAUAUUAAAUGUAAUAUAAAUUUAAUAUAAUAGCAAUAUAAUAUAAAUUUGGAUUAUCACCGCCUUGUCCCUACCCCAUGAUGAUAGUAGUCACAAUGCAUUCAUGGCAAAGCAUACAUUGGAAGCAAGAACCCUAGCCCUGAACUUUCACUUCAUGCUUCGUAAAUGACAAUCACUGCUUGAUGCAGAUGUUGCACUGUAUCCACUCAGGGAUGUUUCAUUCAAAAUAAAACAUACAUCAGGAAGGCGGUGGGAAACAGGAAAAUGACAACAAAACGUAAAUGGCAUAAAUAGAAAUGCCAUUGUGAAAACCUUUCUGACAAGGCUUUCAGACCACUAAGGAGUAACUUCAUACUAUCAACUAAAUUUGUUUUUACUGUUUAAAUUUGUCUAAAAGUUACACAGGAGUAAGAAUGAUGUCUUCUUAUUUUCUAAAAUCUGCUAAGAGCCAAAUAAUCCAACUGCCCCAUUCAUUGUGUAUCAAAGCUUCCUUAUAAUUCCGAAACAACUAUUUACAGAAAUUUGACUGGUAUCAGAUGAGCUUUGUAAAAGAGAAAUGGGUGAAUCUGUGUCAAUUGAUACUUAAGGGUAUCUAUGAUCUGUAAAAGGAAAGUCAAAUUUUAGAAGAAAAAUGGGGAAAAUAAGGGAUUACUAAUCUAACAUUAUAUCCUACGUAGAACACUACGUAGGGUCAUCUUCAUAUCCCAAUUACAGUGGCAUAUUAUUUUAAGCCCAAAGACUAAAACCUGGGGAUGGAAAUGUACUCUGCAAACAUAUUCUUUCUAUGUUGUCCUUGUUUUAUUUUAUAUUGUCUUCACGACUCUAGACUAAAGGACUGCAAAGUAGGUGAAAAGCGGGAAUGGGAAUUGUCUCAAGUAAUUAGACUUCUUUGACAGAAUCUAAGAAACCCUCAGUCAUGUUGAACUCUGAAUCGUUAGAAGUGUCCCAUCAUAGCUGCCUGGCCUGAUGCAUCACGUCACAGCGGUCAAGCUGAACUGCUUGUAGAAAGCCAGAGGCAUGGGUAGUCGACUCACGCUCACUCUCCACCAGCCCGUGUGUAUCAGGCUUGAAUGCAAAAACGAUUCUUGUGUUCUAAAAACAAACUAAAACUUAAACAGCUUUAUCCAAAAACCUAAGUCCAAUAUAAAUGCUCUGCCUUCUUUGUUUCUGCUUAUUACAGAAGCAAGGAAAAACAUUCUACUGAUGUUGAAAAAUACUAGAAAUUAGUUUUUCCUGGCUCUUUUUACUCUGCAUGCUUUUGUUUUCAGUGAAGUUGCUACCAGGGGCUGUAAAUUGAGGCAAGUUUGUCUGUGCCCUGACAGCACCACCAUUCAACAGAACAGCAAUAAUUUUAAAACGUGCAUCGGUAGUAAAACUUUGCACAAAGUCCCCUGUAUAAAGGAGAGGAAGAAGCCCACCACCUGCUUUAAAAGAAGUGCUCUUUUAUAUUCUGUUUCCAACUGGGGGGUACAAGCAACAACCUGAUGUGGGUUUUUGGACAAUACUGAACAACUGUUUGGUUUUUUAAAGGGAGAGGUUUGUCUCAGGACCAAAGGUGUAUGUUAUUUUAAAGUAACAGUUAAAGAUUCAAAAGCCCAAAAAGGCUGACAUAGUGACAUUUUCCUAUGACACUAGAGCAUCUGAGUGACACGGUCCAAAAGCAAGCCGGCCAGGAAAAGCCUCCUAUGAAAAGAGACAUCCACUGGUCAGCUAAGGCUGAAGUGUUGCUAAAGCAGCUUCUGAACCUUACAUAAUCUCUCAAGUUAUAAACGAUGCCAGUGGGUUCAGAGCUUAGAGCUGAUCAGGCAAAUACAAUAGAGACUCACAGUUUGCAGCUUCCAGUUUCAAAUAAAAUCUAGUGGCCUGUUCUGUUCAUCUGGCCAGAUCCAACUGUGAAUGAUGCUAGGGUGGCGUGGGAAGGUAGGGGUGGAUGAAGGGGGUGCUGUCUCCCUGAUUUCCAUGUUUGGCUACCACCACUAGCCAAACUAGAGAACGCAAUGAGAGUCACUUGGGGAAAAGCGCAGACUGUCACUAGGCUAACAAUUCAGGUUAGCGAUAAAACCAUGUCAAAUUGUCUGACCAGAAUUCCUAACCUCAGUGAGCCAGGUGGCUAGCUUUCUUGCCAUGCCUUUUUCCUGAAAAGUCAAAUGCAUGAUAUUUCUGCUUUUGGAGUCUCCAAGUGUUUUUUCAAAUGUGUGACUUCCUCUUUUGAGAUGUUUUUCCUUUCCCUUGUUGUAAAGGAAGAGUUGGUUCUGUAGUCAUGCUAAUGUCGCCCUCCUUUGCUCUGAGGCACAGGACUGGGAUUCCUGUGCCAGGGCUGGGGGUUGUCUGUCUGUGCACUUUUUUUCCUAAGCUGCUGAAAUUCCUCGGAAGUGAAUUGGCCAUAGCAAUCUUCGCCUCCUGCAUGCCGGCGAGCACGACCUCCAGUGAAUCAGAAAGGAAAACAAAAAAUGCAGCUCAGUGAUUGAUUGUUCUCCUGGCCAAGCACAAAGCACAAGGUGACUGGAAUUGAAACUUCUAGCUGAGGGGAGCCUGGUGUACGCACCCCUGCUGGGCCAUGUGACCCUUGUAUAAACUGCACCCUCCUGGCCGUGCUGAUGGAGGGUGUCACCUGCCUCUUGUCAGGACCACAUACACACUAGAUAUGUCUGAUGUCCGAACAGCGACAGACCCCACAUCUAAGCACAGCAUCGUCUGCUCCGUGUGACUCACACAUACACAAGAGUGAAAACUACACCCACAGAAAACUGAGUAUGUAUUGUAGAAAUGUAGAGGAAAAAUAAAAAUAUUUUUUCAAAUGUAAUUACUUUUAAUAUAUGCUUGUGGAAGGUCUAAUACGAUGUAUACUGUCUCUGUAAUUUUUGCUGUAAAUAACUGGAGACAGUGAAUACACUGAUUUUUCUAUGUCUCUGUUUAAGCAUAAGACUUUGUAACAAUUUUGUAGAGGGGGGAAAAAAAACAACAAAGAGCAAAUAUGUACUUGCUUCCUUUCUGUGUGUUAUGUACUUCUCAGAAACUGGUUGUAACAGUUCAAGCAUCUUGAGAGGUCAUUGGUGUUAAGCGUUCUGCUUCCUUUUGUAAUCCAGCAGAGAAAGGAUAGGACUGUCAAUUCGACUCCGCUCCAAAGAGUUUAUUCCAAAAAUUUCCUGAAGACCUGAAAAUUUUAUCUGAACUAGACAACAUGAGAAGGAAAAGUGGAAAAAUAAACAAAAAGGGUUACCUGAAUAAGUCAUCCUUCUGUGUAGCAAACGGCUGUGUCCAAAUCCUUUCUGCAUGGAAUGGCUUAAGGAAAACAAACUCUGCUUUCUGAUGAACAAGAUAUUUUUGUACACAUUUAUUUCUUAUUAAUAACCUGAGGUCAGACCACUCGUUUGCUGAAGCCAUAACUGACCUUCACCAAAUAAAUGCUGUAAAAAAAAUUGGGGGGAAGGGAGGGGAGAGGCCGAGGGAGGAAAAUCGAAGGUGCCGUGAGCUGUAGCCGCAGGCAGGAGCAAGUCCAAUGACCUUGAUGCUUUCCUGCAUCCCAAAUGUGACUUUAGAAGGCUCGUAUUUUAUGAGGAUCCAUUUAUAAUAAUAAAAAGCUAUUUAGAUUUAAAUGAGACUUUCCAAUAUUUUUGAAAUCCCUGACAAUACUUCCUUGCUUUUAGGAUUGAGAGAACCGAUUUUCAUAUACUUCCAGCAUUCAGAGAUUUAGUGUUUUUACCUUCGCUCCAGCUGACCCAUGUAGAGUAAGGAAUGGUUGGAGCUCAUAGCUGUUUGGGGCUUGACUGUACCUACCAAACACCAGCGCUCUGCAGGGGCCACGUGUGAGGCGGCAGUUGGCAUCUCUAAUUAGCAUGAGCACCAUUGCUGGCAGUGCAUAAAAGCUGCAUUGCCAACUCUAUGUAAGAUAAAAUUAUUCAUUCUAAAAAAAAAUACUUAUACUUUUUUAAGAGAAUAAUGCCUCCUGUUGUCACCAUUGAUUUUUCUGGAGCUUAAUUACAUUAUUGUUAUUUGUUAUUAUUGGCCUUUAGAGGCCAAUGGCAAACUACAAAUAAAUCCAGUGACAUAUAUAGUUUUAAAAUUUACAAUUUUCUGAUCUCUCUCGCGCGCUCUCGCUCUCUCUCAUUUAAUCUGUAAGCCCUAAUUUCUGUGUAUGUGAGUAAAACUGCAGCCUGAGUCAUUUAGGAAGUAAGCAUUCAGUUUUUUAUUAUAAAAAUACUAGAAUAAAACAGCACUCCCUAACAAUUUAAAAAGGUUUUAUAUUACUUUAGAAUGCAAUAGGUUUUGUCCUUAUUUUAUGUCCUGUAAAUUAUUAGUUGAAUACUGUUAGCAUUACCUAAUAAUGCACACAUGAUUUCUGAAUGUUUUCUGUAAAUGACAAUCAAUGUUUAUGACGUUCCCUCCUUUAAUGCUGAACAAAAUUAAAAGAAGAAAAAGGAAA